CAAAAACAUAACCUUUGCCCCGUGAAUCUCGCAGAAUCUCGCACGUCGGAAAACGUGAGCGAGAUUUCAGCCUCUUUUACCGGACUUCGCCAUCUUGUGAGCAAACAUGGCUCCCCGUAAGGGUAAGAAGGAGAAGGAAGAACAGGUCAUCUCUCUGGGGCCGCAGGUCGCCGAGGGCGAGAAUGUUUUCGGCGUCGCCCACAUCUUUGCUUCAUUCAACGACACAUUCUGCCACGUCACAGAUCUCUCCGGAAGAGAGACGAUUGUCCUUGUGACGGGUGGAAUGAAGGUCAAGGCUGACCGUGACGAGGCGUCCCCCUACGCCGCUAUGUUGGCAGCUCAAGACGUCGCUACUCGCUGUAAAGAAAUCGGCAUCACCGCGCUGCACAUCAAGCUGAGGGCCACCGGCGGGAACAAGACCAAGACCCCUGGCCCUGGUGCCCAGUCCGCCCUUAGAGCGCUGGCUAGAUCAGGCAUGAAGAUCGGCCGUAUCGAGGAUGUGACGCCGAUCCCAUCAGACAGCACCAGGAGGAGCGGUGGACGUCGCGGUCGCCGUCUGUAGACGCCGGCCUCGUUACUCGUUACGCUCGUUAUAACAUCCAGAGGGAAAUAAACACACUUCUGUACACCA